UAGUUUAAAUUCCAACUAGUGGUACACGGGGGGUGUUAACCUGUUUGAGCAAUGAAAUUAACGUAUGUAAACAAAGCGGAGUAGACAUAACAGGCUAACAACGUCAAACAGGGUGAAAUGGACAGCGCUGCCUGCUGAAGGUCAAAGGCCAAUGCAAGUGUCAAAAGACUGAAAAAUGUCGCGAGAUCGUGGCGGAGACAUUUCCACCGACGGCUAUAACCGCUUCCACGAUGUCACAGGAGUUAGCCGCCUCUUGUCCGACUCUGGCAGACAGAGGACCCCCACCCAAGUAUCAAACGAGGGUACCGAGUUUGACGAAAUUCUCCAACAAGACCUGGUAACAAACGACCUAGAGCUGGCCCAGUUAAAUUCUCCGCAGGAUGAGGACAAGGCACUUUGGGAGAUGAACUACCACGAGGCAGCGAUAUUUUUAGAGGAAGGAGAAAACAAUGACAAGUUCGAUUUCCACCCCAAAAACCCUGCAGCACUGCCAGCGUACCUCAUCGUGCACAGCAGCUGGUAUCACAGUCUGGAUCUAGCUGCCUCGAUUGUCCUUCUGGUUCUCGCCCUCGCUGAGUCACCAGCCAUUCCUCAGUUUGAGCUCCCGAUUCUCGUGCACGGAGCCAUCGAAUUGGUGGCGCUUAUUGUGAUUGGCAUUGAGCAGGCCAUGAAGCUGCGAUGGCUCGGCUGGAAACCAUUCCUCACCCACAAAAGAACAGCAAUAAAGGGUUUGACCCUAAUCAUAAUGGUAGUUGAGGCGUGCGUUGUGAUAGUCCGCCAGUCGUCGCACUUCCGAGUAACAAGAGCGCUGCGACCCAUUUUCGUGAUCGACAACAAGUAUAGUGGCGGCGUUCGGCGCUUCGUGCGUCAGAUUUUGCAAUCGCUGCCUCCCAUUCUGGACAUGCUCGGGAUGAUAAUGCUGAUGGUGGCUCUCUACUCGCUGCUUGGUUUGUUUUUGUUCGGCCUCGACAAAGAUGAUUCCUAUUUCAGCUCGUUGCCCAUCUCCUUUGUCAGCCUCUUUGUCUUGCUAACAACUGCAAACUUUCCAGACGUAAUGAUGCCAUCAUAUGCCAAGUCAAAGUGGAAUUCAAUAUUUUUCAUAUCGUACAUAUCAAUCGUUCUGUACUUGCUGAUGAAUCUGCUUUUGGCUGUCGUUUAUGAAGCGUUUACCUCCAUUGAGAAGGAUAAAUUUCGCAAACUACUUUUGCACAAGCGUGAAGGGGCCAAAAGGGCAUUUUCCCUGCUGGUUGGACCUGGGGACCACUCUAGCGUCACAUUCCGAAGAUUCUCUGGACUCAUGAAAUACUUCCGGCCCAAAAAAUCCCGUCGAGACGUGUUGCUGACGUUCAAGCACCUUGAUGUGUCCGGUCGUGGUCGCCUUACGCUGUCCGAAUUCGUGCAAAUCUACGAAGCCGUAAACCUGCGCUGGGCGCCCAAUGGGCCCGAGCAGGUGUGGUUUACUUCGUCACAGUCGUCGUGGCGUUUGUUCGGCAAGGCGGCCGCGACCAUCUUCGACUGGGUUCACUUUGAGCGUGUGGUUUUUUUCACCGUAGUCUUGAAUGUCCUUGUGAUGGCGUUCAGGAUUUUCGGAACGACUACCAUUAUCGAACACUCUGCUGUCAGCCUCAUAGCGUCGUGGGACACUGUUAUUUUUGCAGGACUGUUCAUCGUGGAGGCGUGCAUCAGGUGCGGAGCCCUUGGUAUCACCCGCUACUUUGCCUCUGGCUGGAACUGCUAUGACUUCGCGUCAACCCUGCUGCUCGUGUUGUCAAUGACCAUUGUCAGCCUGUACCCAGAUAUGUCAUUCCUUGUGCUGAGCCGUCCGCUGCGCAUUAUACGCGUUUUUAAAGUGAAGAAGCGCUUCCGAGACGUGUUUGGCACGCUGCUGCUGAUGAUGCCUCGCAUGAGCUCCGCCGCCACUGUGUUGCUACUCCUUUACUUCACCUUCGGCAUCAUCGGCAUGGAGCUCUUUUCAGACAUCGAGUUAAAAAACUGCUGCGUAAACUCUACCGUGGAGUCGUACUACCUAGGCAAAGAGCAAGGAGGUGUUGCCCUGUACUAUUUCAUUUCGUUCUCGGACCUGUUGGCCAGUGGAGUGGUGCUUUUCCACUUAAGCGUAGUGAAUAACUGGCACGUCACGAUGGAAGGCUACGCAGUAGCAAGCGGCAACGGCCUAAGCCGGCUCUUCUUUAUGCUUUUUAAUCUCGUCACCAUGGUUGUGUUCACUAUUGUGGUCGCAUCUAUUCUGGGCGCCUUCCGCUUCAGGAUUCAGUACAAGGAGCAGACAAGCAAGGCCGAAGAGCGACACAUGCUAUCGGUGGAGGUGAUUCUGCAUUGGGAAGAGUUGGCUAUAUUCUUCCCAAAGCACUCGCCGUCGUUCAUCGCUGAAGAGAUUGGCGUUGGCAUCACUCACGGGGGAAGUACAUCUUUCAUUGGUACAAGAGCGCGUACAACCGAAGUAUUACAAAUGAAAAUGUACAAAGACGACAUCACAAAGUGGCUGGCGGAUGAGGAGGAGCACUACAGUCCGACCCUUAAUAGCAGGCUACUUCAAGCAGAACCUUGGAGCAGUAACCUGAGAGUCACCCAAUCGAGACAGCGUUUGGCAUCUUAAAAUCCGGGAGUCCUCGUUCUCAAUCGCAGCAGAAUAUUAGUUGUUACUGACCACUUAUUUGUUAAAUGUUAUUAUUUAUUUUAGGCAGCUUCACGCGUGAGAAAUUGGGCCUUUAAGCAGGGGUUUUUAAAGCAUCUGACAUGAGCAUUUUUCACAAUCGAAGCACAGUGCCAUGAUUGCGUUCAUCACAUGUACACAAUAACUAUUUUUUGUAAAAAUGUUAAAUAAUUUACACUGAUACGAUAACUGAAAUUGUAAGCGUGUAAGUCUGUCUGAAGCAUGCAAUAUUGAAAGUGAUAAUUAAUGUGGAUCAUUAUUGGAA